GAGCUUCAGGGCCUCCUACGUCUCCCGCCUGUGACCUGUGACCUGUGACCUCAGGACAUGAGUCACAUGGUCCUUUGCUCUCGUCUUCGCCGUCCCUGAAGCUCGAUUCAACCAUCGAACCCUCGGCCCGCUCCCUGUGCUGCUCCAGUUCCACCUUUCUGCCGUUUCUUCUUCCCUCCUCCUCCUCUUCUCUCCCUGAGUGGGUGGGCAGGGAGGCGUGAUGGAGGCCCCUCCUCCCCGGGAUGACUCCUCCCCCUCCCCUUCGCCUCUGACCUCCUCAGGCAGCGAGCGUUCCCAUCAGAUCGACCUGCAGCAGAGCAGCAGAGCGGCUGCCUCACCUUUAACCCGAGGACUUCUUCUUCUGCUCUCCCCGAGGACCGUAGGGAACGGCCUGCAGCUGCUGGAUGACGUUUAUUUAACCCUGCGAGGUGUGAUCACCUGGAUCCCGUCUUUACUCUGAGACGGUUUGAGGGAAACAAAGUGAAACAGGACUUUUUUCAGACUGGGUGAGACGCGGCGGUGGGAAAGACCAUGUUCUCCUCCAGGAGGCUCCUCCAGCGCUGGUGCUUCUCCGUCUUCCUGCUCUGCUCCCCGGUUCCUCACUUCGGACGACCCAUCGACGCCCUGAGCCGAACGCGCCGCUCCGUCACUCACGCCCAGCUGAUGCACGAUAAAGGCCGGACGCUGCAGGACUUCAAGCGCCGCAUGUGGCUGCAGGAGCUCCUGGACGAGGUCCACACGGCCGCGGUCAGGGACCUCCCGGGCCGGGCCGGGGGGGCGGUGGGGGGAGGAGGCGGCAGUAGCGUCGGGCUGCCGGGUGGGACGGCCGUCAACCCCAGCACCACCGGCAGCACCCUGCACUCUAAACCCCCCGGCGCCACCAAGCACCUCCCCGCGGGCUUUGGACUGGAGGAGGAGGUCGGGGGUGGGGGCACCAACCUCCCGCAGGAGACCAACAAGUCCCAGGCCUACAAGGACGGAGCCCCGAGAGCCCCCGGCAAGAAGAAGAAGAAAGGGAGGUCCGGCAGGAGGAGGGAGGGGGACAAGAGGAAGAGGAGGGCGCGCUCGCUGGGCCAGAGGGAGGAGGAGGAGGAGGAGGAGGAGGAUGGAGGGAGCGGAGGCCUCCACCCGGAGAGGAGGGCUCCGCUCUAAGACGCUGUCAGUCUCUGACGCAGGACUCUGUGGAGGCUCGGAGGCGACUCCUGAACUCACACGUCGUGAUUGUUUGGAAAGAAAUUGGAAAAUAUUUAUUGCCUGGAAAUAUUCUAAAUAUAGCAGAAUAGAUACGAUAAAAACAAAAAACUCCUCUGACGCUCUGUGAGGCGACAGAUUUGAAUCGUUUGUGGGUCCUCGCGUUUUUAUUUCCAUUUGUUUUGCAAUAAUUUAUUUUGUCUGAAUAGUGUAUUUAUUUUGUAAAUGUACCGAGGUGCUGCUGACCUUCUAUAUUUUUGUACCAUAAUGCACUUUAGAUAUAUAAAUAUAUAUAAAUAUAUACCAUCGAUUUAGUUUUGUUGACUUGUUUUUUGUGGUGGUUUGGAAUGAAGAAGGAAAAGAAGAUGUGGUCUCCUUUGGUUUGUUCGGGACGUCUCGUCUCCCGGUUCCUCUGCUGCUGCUCCACUCCGGUUGAAGCUUUUGGUCCUGUCCCCCUGUGCUGUGUUCAGGGUCCUGUCCCCCCGUGCUGCCUUCAGGGUCCGCUCCUCGUCUGAGCAGAAACAGGCUUGCUGGUGUUUGUGGGCCUUGUGCACUGAGAUGAACUCGCUGCUCUGAACGGAUUAAACGUUGGACAGAAUCCUGCU